CACGAUUUGUACUAAAGUUGGUUGUAAUAUUAUAUUUGUUAUCAUAUUACAUUUGGCAUUAAUUCGAGUAAUCGAUAUAUGAGGUUGAUAUAUCGAAAGUAACAGUCGAUGUGACCUACGCAACGCUUGCUAUCGCGUAGCCAUCAUAGAUUGCAGACUUUCACUUAAGUAUCUGAAAGUGGAUGUACAAUGUCGGAACAUGAUGAUACCUUAUUGGAUGAAGAUCUUGGAGAUGAAGAAUAUGAUCUAGGCAAUGAUGAAGAGGAAGCUCUUCUGGCAGACGACUAUGAAUUGGAGAGGCAGAAUAGCUAUAAGGGAGAAGAGGAGACAGAUGAUGUACUGGACAUAGGAGUAACCGAUGCACUCGACGACUUAGAUGGUGAAGAUGAAAACAUAGAAUUUAAUAGGAGCAAAACUGAUAGAAGCAACGACAAUGAUUUUUACGAGGACAGAGAUCACCUAGAGGCUCAGUCGAAAUAUUACGAACAGGACGAAAUUAAUGAAUACAAAAGCGAGCAAUCGCGACAACAUGACGAACGUUCUACGAUCGAUAGUAUUAAUACUUCGAAUAAUAUCGAAAAGGGAGAUCUACGGGAGAAGCUGCAGAAAAAUGCAAAAAUCUAUUCUGGGAAUGGACAAGGAUUGGAAGAUGAUGAAUGCGAAGAAGCCAAAGAAAGAAGGAACAGGUUUCAAAACGAAAGAACUAUUGUUUCUUCAAAAAUGAAUAAUCAUAUACCAGAUACUUUGGAAAAUGUGGUAACGUCGGAACCAUCAAAGCUGAUAUCUAGAGGCCGCGGAAGAGGCCGAAGUACAAGAGGAAGUCGCGGAGGAAGAUUUAAUACUCAAAAUUCAGGAAAUUUUAAUCUAAGGUUCAGUAAUACACGCAAUGCCAACUUCGAUAAUCAACAACCAGCAGCGUGCAGGCCACCUUUGCUCGAGACUCGGCCACCUUUUCUCCUCGGAGUACCAAACAAUAUGCAAAAUCAACAGAUUAUUUAUCAGCAACAAAAUUCUCAAAUACAACCUUUCCAGCACUAUUCCCCAAAUGGUUCGCUCCAAGGUCCAUCACAUUUUGUAGAUAAUAGACCACAAUUCAAUCCUAACCAAUUUCAAAAUCAAGUGAAUCCUAGAAUAAUUGGACCAAGGUUAGAUUAUGGACCUCGAGCUGGCUUGUCGGGAUCCCUUCAAGGACCGUCUUACAAUCAUCCAUCGAAUCAAUCACCAUACGUCCAAAUUCAACCGGGACCAACAGCAGUCACGGCCCCCUUUCAAAAUUCAACUGUCCUUAUGCAAGAUAAUCAGGCUCGAUUAAUACAAAAUAAUCAAGGCCCAUUAUUGCAAGGAAAUCCUGGAGGAACGCUCCUUGGAAAUUUAAAUUCAGUGGUACCUGGGACAUCGGCACCGUUGUUGCAGAAUAGCCAGCCUUUACCUCUACAAGGAUUUCCACGACAAGCUUCUUCUCAGGGACCACUCAUUAAUCAUCCUAAUGUCAAUCAAAUAUCAAAUCAAUCACACUUCGAGAAUAGACCACCUUUCCAAGAAGCAGCUCAAUUUGAAAACCGACCCAUUUAUGAUUCGAGGACGGGCUAUUCCGAUCAAGUAUCUACCAGCCAAUUUAAUACUAAUACGUUACCUGUACCGCAACAGUCCACUUCCAAUGUACCCAAUGUACCUUUACCUCCAGGGCACAAGAUUUUAAUCAAUCCUCACUUUCGAGGCGCCGUUCAAUCAACAAAUGAUGCAAGACUCGCCUGGGAUUCCACUCAACAACAAGCACCUAAUUUAUCAUCCCAAGUUCCUACUGGCCAGUUUUCACAACCCGUUAUCCCUUAUCAAAAUCAAAGUUCUUAUACUCAAACUCAACAAGGAACGCCAUAUUAUCAGCAAAAUUAUCAACAAAAUAAGAGCGACGAUCCUUAUGCAUAUUUUUCUGAUGUGUGGCAAGAAAAUAAGCCACAGAAGAAUCAAACUGCAACUCCAAAUAAGCAAUAUCCAUUAGAAAGUAGUUACUUACGAGACGGUAGCUAUGAGUCCAGUUCGAAAUAUAAGUCUGAUCAGUGGGAUCAAAAAAAUACUUAUCAGCAGGAUCACAGAGGAAUCCACCAAAAUUAUCGCGAUAGAGAUUUGUCAUCGAAAACCAAAAACGAUCAUAUUUCGAAAAGUAGGACUUUUUCAUCAACUGCGUAUCGUGAGAAUUAUGAUCAAAAUCACGUGCAGAAAUCCAAUAAUAGGCCAGUAAAUACGUCGAUAAGAACUAGAUUACCACAGAAAAGAAUUCCUGACUCCACAGAUAGACCUUUACGUGAUUUGAGCCCAAAAAGAAUAAAGCUUAGCAAUAGAAACCUCCAAGAAGUACGAACAGUAGAUACAUUAAAUAAUACGAAUAAUGAUAAAAAGGAUGAAGAAAAUGAUCCAGAAAUGCAGGAGUAUAGAAAAAAGAUGGAGGAACAGAAACGACUGAGGGAAAAGAUUCUACGUGAAAAGGAAAAUCGACGAAAGAUGGCUGCAAUGGAGAAACAAAAUGAUGAAGCUAAAAACGAAAGUAAUACCUCAAAUGAGAAUACACCGGAUGCAAAACCUAUAUCAGCACUUAUGGGAGUAGUAAAAGAUGCUUCCAUAAAUAAAGGACAUAGCAGUAUUGGAAGAGGACGUGGUCGUCCCGUCCAUGCUCAGUCUACAGAGGUUGCAGAGAAACCAUCGUGUGUACGAAUUGUCAGGACAAUGCAAACUGUACAACCUAAUGAUUCUAUAGAUUGUACAAAAGACACUAAUUCUGGACAUUUGAUUAAUCAAGUAAAUGAACAAAGUCAAUACAAUACAAAAGUGUUGAAUUCUCAAUCUGGAACACGAAGGAUUGUAAUUCAAAAACCAUUAUCAAAUACACAGAAGGUUGCUACCACCAUACAAAAAACGGUAUCGAACUUGCAGAAAGGACAACUACUGAUGCAAAAUAAAAUAGUUAAUAUUGCCCAGUAUUCAACUCAAAGAGUUGGCCAGAAUCAGGCUGAUAUAUUGAGAAAACUGACAAAUGUAGGACAGAAAGUUGUUGGUAGUUCACAGAGAAUUGUUAAACAAAAAUCACCAGGAAACCUUCAAAAAACUGUGAUUAAUGUACAAGAAAUAACAAAUGCCAAUACACAAAAAGUUGUCAGUACACAAAGUAACCAAAGAGUUGUACUUCAAAAAACACCAAUACAACAGAAAAAGAUACCGGAAAUAAGAACAAAUACAGUGAAAGUAGAGAAUUUAGCAGCAAGUACGUCUGAAGUACAAAUUAGACGUAUGUGUCAAGGCAUCGGAACAAUUGAGAGCAUACAAAUGGGUGAGCGCAGCGCAACGAUUGUGUUUAAGACGCAGUCUGCUGCUAUGGUGUUUCACAAGAAAUACCAGCGUAAAAUGCUAGACCUUUCGCUGAUAACUGUUCGCCUUGUACCGCAAUCAAGUGGAACUAAGACCAUGGCUACAGUUGUGAAAGUUUCUUAAAAAAUAUAUUAAACACAUCUAAUCUAGUGUAUUUCGAUAAACAAGAAAGAAGAAGUACAUAGUAUAUCCAUAUUUUUGUUUAAAAGUAACAGCAUUUUAUUUUAUUGAAGCAGCCUAUAUUUCAGGAAA